GCCAUCAACAACUUUGGAGACUCCCAGGUUCCAAGCCAGGUGUUUUAGCAGCUGGAAUUCAAGAGGAAAGGGGAAAAAAGAACAACCCUGGCAAUGCACAAGACCUUCAACAAGGAUGUUAUUUUGCUGCCUUCUGCACACCAUAGCUGUGUUGUGAGACACGGCACAAAAUCAAAAUUACACCAGAAGGGAUACAUUCUAAAUGCAUUUGAAUUUGACAAAUCGUGGGACAGCACAGCUGUAAUCAACAAACUACGACAGGCAUUCAGGUCCAAAGUAUGCCUUCCUGAUAAUGUAAGCUUGCAAAUCCUUAUGCCCUGCGGGAAUAAGCUGGUUGCUCCAUCACUGUGUGACGGUCAGAAAAUGGACGCAAUCCUCAUUCAGAAAGUUUUCAAAAGGGCAUCUUUAUAUCUGAGGCCAUCUGUAUCACUUGAAUGUGUGAGUGCUGAGACCUCAGAGGCGGAGGACAGCCUCAGUGAACAUGACAUUGUGAUGGAGACGAGUGUCACAGAGACCCCUUCCUGCAAUGUUACUGCACUGCAUUCUGCCAGCAGCCAUCAUGAAGCACCACACCAACAACCACUGGCAAGUGGCCAGGCUAGACUCAGCCCAGAAAGUGACUAUGGGACAUAUGUAAAUAUAAUUGAAGAUUCUGAGGAAGAGGGUGAAUUGUUAAGUGCUAUUGUAGCCAGCCUUGAAGACCAGACGCACCCUAAAGAAGAUAUCCCAGUCAGUCAAAUUUUGAGGGAAUUGGCGGAGAAAAUUGACAGCAACAGCAGUUGCAAGUUUAACAUAAAUCGUUCCUGUGUCCUUGAUGGAGCUAUGCGGGGGUUUAGAAGGUUGACAUUCAACCCCUGUAAUACUUUGAGUGUGACAUUCUCCGAUGACAAGGGGACAAGUGAAGAAGCUGUAGACCUUGGGGGGCCGAGGAGAGAAUUUCUUCGGCUGCUUAUGGAAGCACUGUCUUGGUCUGAGAUGUUUGAGGGACACGAAGGCCACCUUCACUUGGCUCUGGAUUUCAAAGCUGUACGUGAGGACCGAUAUUUUUAUGCUGGUACAGCCAUCGCGCUCAGUUUGGUGCUUGGAGGCCCACCACCUUGUUUCCUAUCCAACACCCUCUUCACAUGCAUCGCAGAGGGACCAGACAUGUGCAAACCAGAGCUUGACGACAUUGCAGAUGGUGAUCUGCGUCUCUCAAGCCAGGACUGUAGAUGA